CAUUAAUGUCUGCAUUUGGUCAACGUGGUCGACAGUUCUUUAAUAAGAACAACAACAAUGAUGAUACUAAGAAGCGUGCUGGCACUACUAAAUGGUCCGACGUGCGUACGCAGUGCUUGGUUCAAAAGUAUGGUCUCUUUCCCUCGUUGGUGCCCACUAGUGAUAAUAUUAUGAAAAGUCUUAAUGGUGACAACUGUGAGUGGUUGCGUCGUCCUGGAUAUGCUGCCUCUUUUCUCGGGCAAGAUUUAAAGGAGCUCUGCGACUCGUUCGACAAUAUGACAAACUUGAUUAACAACGAGUAUGUCACUGGAGUACUUAGACCAUUACGUACUCUGAUUAUCGAGAGUGAUGCAGCCAAGAUCAUUCAGCCUAUUGGUAAUAGUGUUACCCAAUUUCAAGAUAGUGAGAUUGAGGAUGAUGAAGAGGAAGUGGCUACGGCAAUGUAUACUUUUACUACUGAGCUAUGUAACUGGGCUAUGUUGCGUCCAGAUGGACAUGCUGAUUCUGCUGGCAUGAUUAAAGAGAUGGAGGCCUUACUGGAAUGUAUUACUCCACUGGCUAACCUAUGUGUAGAUAUACUUAUUUACUUAAGUAUUUUGGAUCAUGGUAGUGACUACGUUCUUAAGGGAGAUGCUCAACUUGCUAACAAUGAGUACUUCAAUGAGUUGAAGAAGGGAACUGGCGAUGUAACGACUAUGUCUCAGUACUUUGCGGCUUGCGCUCAUGCGCAGUGUAAGGCGCGCAAAGUUGGUAAGGAGGUUGCUCGAAAGCAAACUACUCGUAGUGGGAUUAAGUCGGCCUUUGGUACGCCCACAUCUCCUGUUAGUGGACGAUCUUCCCAUGGUGGUAUUGCUGCUGCUGUCGCUGCAAGUCAACAGAGCCUUGUUAGUAGUCCAACUUUUGGUAAUCUCUCACAAGUAUUUGCACGAAGUGAUCGUAAAAAGAAGGAUGUCUCGGUGAACCUUGAUUUCGUCUCUGCCAAAAAGCCUAGACUAUCAGCAACUUCCUUUAACAGUGCAGAGGAGUAUAUGAAUAGUAUGAGUCCUGAUGAGAAGAAAGCUUUGAUUGAAGCAGCUGGCGUGUUGGGAAUGCAUGUACGUCAGUUAUUAGAGCAUCAGUUAGAGCAACAAGGUGCUGCUACUUCUUCGACUCCAAGUCCAUUAAGUCGAAUAACUACUGGUUUGAAGUCCACUCCUUCGAAGCCGUCAACUGUCCUUCCACAAGCUAAGCAAUGGAGUGAUACUGAAGAAGUCGAUGCUGAAAGCUCUUCCUCGAGUGAUGGCGCGAGUGAUGUUGCGAAGAAGGAUGUAAGUGCCGUGACUGUUCCACCUCUCCCUGAGGGGAUCCAGGAACGAACAAAGGCGAGGGUAGCUGCUUUGAAUGCUGGUUUACUCGAAACGCCUGCGGACAAGGCUACGACUUCGACUAAUGGGACAAAGGUCUCUUCCACAACUGGUAAAGCUUCACCAACGGGUAAUAAAGCUAAGAGAGCUGCUAAAGGGAAAGGAAGAAGAGGUAAGGAGUCAACAGAGUCUGCAUCUACCUAAGUUUAACUGCUUGAUCUUUUUCAAUGUACCCGUCGUAAAGGACGGC